CUCUUGUGGUGCCUCUUGAGCAGGAAACGAUAGCUCAGAGGGCCAGGCGAGGGGUCGGAGCUGCUGCCUCUGCCUUGUGAGGCAAUGUCUCGCACCGUCCCGCCGGGGCACUACGCAAGUCAGGUCAGGUCCCGUCUUGGUCCAUCCCCGCCUUCUCCUCCCACCUCUCCAAAUCCUCGUCAACUAUGAAAAGGUCCUGGACCCCUCUCUGACUCGGCGCUCGCACUUCCGUCUUCUCUCCUCCCUCUCCUCCUCCUCCAUUGCCUUCCCACUCAUCUACAUACCAGCCAUCCUGUACACAUCCGCCCAUCUACUGCCGUCGCGCGAGCCACAAGAACUCUAGGCUCUAGCACCUGUCCAUAACCUCUCCCCAUCGUCCAUAAGAGCACCAAUUGAGCACUUACCCUCUGGUCCUCUGUAUACCCCAUAUCCACCACACAGCCAUCACAACCCAUACACCACGUCCGACCAUGGCAACCAAGAACUCCCAAGAGGACCCUGUUGAGGUUCUCUUUGUCCUCCAGCCUCAGUUCGAUCUCCUCGACUUUGCUGGAGUCCAGGAGGUCUUGUACACGGCUCGCCACAACAAAGAUGACGAGAACACGCGUGCCUUUGAGUGCACCAUUGCCAGUGCUGAGCCCAAGAUCAUUUCCGAGCAGGGUGUGAUCAUCAACUCCCAGAUUACCUACAAGGAGGCCUACGACCACCUCAAUGACUUUGACGUCAUGGUCAUCGUCGGCGGCGAUUCCGAGAAUGUUCUCAACAAGAAGCUCGAGCCAAUGGGUCUCAUUGGCGCCUACUCUGAGCUACAGAAGCAGGAUUCCCAGCGAGAGCGUACUCUGCUCUCUGUGUGCACCGGAUCCCUCUUCCUGGCCGAAAAGGGUAUCCUCUCGGGUCUUUCAGCCACCUGCCACCCCGACUUCAUGACCAAGUUCGAGUUCCUCUGCAGCCACUCGGCUGUUCGCGACGGCGUCGAGAGAACCGACGUCAUCGAGGACUCUCGCUACGUUGUCAACAACCUCCGCUUCGACAUUGGCGACGAGGACGAAAACCCCUACAUCCGUCGCAAGUCCGACGCCGGCGCUGGUCGCCGUCCCUCCAACGCUCGCAAGGGAAGUAUCUCCUUCAAGAGCUCCAGCCAACGUCGUGAGUCCAUGACCCGCCGCGCCGCGAUGCGCCUCGGUGGUCUUCGGGUCAUCACGGCGGGGGGAGUAACUGCUGGCCUGGAUGCAGCUCUGUACCUGGUCAGCAUUCUCGUGGACGAUGAGGCCGCCAAGGAGGUGGCCCACGUCAUCCAGCACGAGUGGGUGAAGGGAACCGUCGUCGAUGGACUUGACGUCUAGACGGUCCCGUGUAUUAUUGAGGGUAGAUCAUUCGUCGCGCGGAUAGAUCUAGACCAUGUCGAAUACCUCUGUACUAUUGGCCAGCGAGCCACACAAGCAUGAAGAGCCUCUGAUGAAACGAGGCACACACCACAGCUGAAUCUGUGCGUUUCAUAUGACAGUCCAAUCCAAAUCAGUAAAAUUGUCAAAACCCAACCGAGAGAGGUCCACGAAGUCCCUGAAAGCAUAGAUGUCAAGUGUCAGCGGAGCGUUCAAAAACCAGCUAGCAUUAAAGUGGGACACUGACAGCUCCAGGCCUGGGGUUUUUGGACAGGCACGACCCACACUUGCAUACAGUGCCCAUGUCCGGUCUUUGUUCAUGCUUGCACGGUUUCCACCGUUCUAGGCCCACCCUACGAGCAGGUUUGAUUGGCU